AUGUAUUUUAUCAGUUUUGUCACUCCACCAUUUGUUCUUCACCAUGUGCGUAUAUCUGCUUUUAUUGUCUUUAACUUGGCCUCAUUUCCUUCUUCUGAUCACCAGGAUCCCAAUCGAUUUUGGAUCACUGGAGUUAUCAAUGCACCAUGUACUCCAUUUUUACUAAAUGGUGACAUUGAUUUUUCCAAAUUUGAUGUCUAUGUUGAUUUUCUGGUGUGCAGUAAAGUUGACAAUAUUUUUGUGAAUGCGACAACAGGUGAAGGUAUGGCACUUACAGUUGAAGAACGCAAACUCACUGCUGAAGCAUGGAUAAAAGCAGCUCGAAAUAAGUUGAAAAAGAUUAUUGUCCAUGUUGGUUCUGGCAAUAUGCGUGACAGUAUGGAAUUGGCAAAACACGCUCAAACAGUCCACGCUGAUGCAAUUGCAUGUAUGUGUCCUGUGUUCUAUAAACCCCGAAAUGAAGAGAGUCUGGUUGACUAUUUGUCCAAAGUUGCUGCCUGUGCACCUUCCAUACCGUUCUAUUACUACAGCAUUCCUUCCAUGACCAAUGUCCUUUUGGAUGAUGUAAAGAUUUUGCAAUUAGGUAUGUUGAAGAUUCCCACAUUACAUGGAAUGAAAGAUUUCUCAGGCUGUCUGACACGUUCCCUUAUUUGUGCACACCUCGACAGACGACAUCUCCAAAUCAUAAUUGGAACACUUGGGGAUAUGCUUCCAGCCUUGUCAAUUGGAAUUCCAUGUCCAAUUAUUCCUGCAUACAUGGCACCAAUUUAUCAUCGAAUGAAAACAGCUCUGGAACAGGGAGAUUCUGAAACUGCCAUGAGGGACCAGCUAAUGGCUGUGAAUGUUUGUACAAUUGCUGCAAAACACAAUAGUGAACUGGUAUCACGAGAAAAAGCAAUGCUUUCCUUAUUUGGAAUGGAUGUGGGUCCUGUACGACUGCCUUUAAUCACAAUGACAGAAGAGAAAAAGUUUGCAAUGAAAGCAAAACUUGAGGACUUUGGUUUUGUGUUUCCACAGUGUGAAUGA